UGAAACAUCUAGGAUCUCUUAUCAUUCCCCUUUGCUCAACCCGACCAGCUCAUUCGGAUUGUUUGCCCCGAUCGCUGUUGCUUGCGACCUGGUACUCUUUCUGGCAGCACUGACACUCCCCGCCCGUGACAAACCAUGUCCAACAACGAGAAGCGGGGCAGUGACGACAAGCCCGCAAACACACACCGCAACGAUGCCAAUUCCUCCUCAGGUACCAAUGAACGCCCAAGGAGCCCUUCUUUGGCCAGUCGGAUCCAGAACUCAGCUUCGGGACUCGCCAGGAAUGUCUUUUCCGCCCCUGGCUCGUCAGCCGAUUCCGCCCAAUUGCUGGCGAACAGCGGUAAGGCCGGGAAUUCAUCGUCACACGCGGCACUAGCAGCGGCCCAGCAGUAUAGGGAAAGCUCUACUUCUGCCUCCCCCUCAACUCGAGAGUCUCCGAUAUAUACCUCUACCGAAACGUUCCGGUCAUCGUCUACCGCGCGACCAGGGGGAUUUGAACUUCCUCCGCUCACGGAAGAUGAAUUUCAGCGCACUUACAGCGCGGAGUCCUUCGACGGUGACAAUGGCAGCUUCAUUGCCGGUUCAGACGCGAAUGAAUCCAAGGGAAAGGGCAAGGGCAAAGGACGAGAGUCGGACAGCGAUCCCACCAAUCUUGUCACAUCUGAACAAUGGGCUCUACCCGACCAACCAACUCUCCUUUCCUCCGACGGCGAUGCAGUCGUAUCCCUCCUCUCUGAUCGGACCUUCGAUCCCGAGUUCCCCCCUACAGCUGACGAGCCCGCUGAAAUUAUCGAGACAGAAUUCACUCCUGUACAACUUACACCUGCAGAAAUACAAAUGAUCGAGUCCUUCCGUCGCCUUACACCCCCAGCUGCGCCCGCAACAUCACCCGGCAAUCUAACAUCCCACAGCCUGGUCCCGGAUAUCGGUGAUUUCCUGGACACGAUUCCAUCGGGAGGUAACUCGGAUGCAGCCACGCUGCGAGACGCCGUUUUGGCUGGUCUACCCGGGGCGGCGAAUUGGCUCUCUGUCGAGGAGCGAUACCAUGACGAAGUCUGGGGCUACCUGCGCCCUACGUUGGAGGCUGCCGCCAAGGAAAUGGAAUCCAAUAAGAAAACUGGGAGAGCGGAGGAGGGGCCUGCUGUGCGACGACUGAAGAUGAUCCUAAAGCACAUGCAGCAAUGACCCGGCUUGCCGAGGACUUGGCUAUUGUAUUAUAAGGUCCCUACGGUCGGAACGAAUCGGUUUCCCUUGAUACUACUUCCCUUCUAUGUACUCUUGGCUUGAUCGUCUACUGCAGCUGAUCGAACAGUCAUUUGCUGUGAUCAUCCAUGGACACCAUGGAUCUACAAAGACCUUUUUGUCUAAGAACAAUUGGAAUAAAUUGUAUCUUACAUACCGAAAACAUAACACAAGGACGAAA